AAAUCUAUUUAUUAGAUAUAAUAAAUCAAAAGUAGCUUAUAAUAUAAAGUAGUAUAUUGAGCUACUAAUUUCCUAGACAUUAUUUAUAUUCCAGUUGCAACUUCUAAAUUUUCCAGUUCUUACUUUCAUUGUCACUCCAGCUGCAGUAAAUUUUUAAUUAAUAAUAUUUAAUGAAUCGCAAUGAAAAAAUUGAUUAUUAUUUGUGCAUUUGGAUCUAUAACGUUCUUAAUUGUUCAAAUUUACAUUAUGUUAUAUAGUGAAUAUAAUUACGCAAAAAGCAAUGAAAAAGUUUUCAACAUAAAUUUUUUAUUUAACGUAAAAUUAAUGCAAGAAAUUCUAAAAAAAUUUCAAGUAAUUAGUAUAUUAAUUGACAAAGAUAUUUUAUCCAUUCCUAUUUCAAAAUUUGAAAUUCAAAAUAAGAUUGACGUUUACAAUUGCAAUCAUUUUUGCUCAAAAUUUUCUGCAGUUUUUUUGAUUAGUGGUAUAAAGAUUAAAAGCAAAUUUGCUGAAAUUAAAACAUCAUGGGAAAAACAUGGUUUUCAUGUUGAUAUUAAUGAAGAUUUUGAUAUGGCACAUGAAUCUUUAGAACAUUUUAAAGAUGCAAAGAAGCAAAUUUACCAUAUAUUUUUGACAAGAAAUUCAACUUUACUACAUUUAGUUGUUUCUUAUCCUCGUUUUAAGGGUCAUUGGAGCAAAAAAUGUACCAUGAAAAAAAGCUCCACAACAGCUUUAUUCUCUCAACAGUCUCACCUAUUUUGCCUUUCUGAUUAUAUUUUUAAAUUUCCUUACCCAAUAACAGUGUUGCUUGAUGGUAUAUCAGUAAAUGUGCCUCAGUUUUUGAAAAAUUUUUUACAAGAGUUUCAGACCCAUAUAUUUAUUCCUUGCAACUUUGCUCAAGCUCGAUUAUUUUACUCUCUCUAUGGUUAUGAAAAUGAUGAAGAAAGUGAAAUUUUCAGAUCAAAAGCUAAGCAUAUUCUUGAAAUUGUUAGUAGUGAACUUUCUAAGUAUAAUAUUCCAUUUUGGCUUAGUAGUGGCACACUUUUAGGCUGGUUUAGACAGUGUGAUUUUAUAACACAUAGUAAAGAUGUUGAUAUUGGAAUAUGGAUAAAGUAUUAUAAUGAAAGUUUUGUCUCAUCUUUUUUAGAAAGAGGUUUUCAUCUUAAGCAUAAGUUCGGAAAGGUUGAGGAUAGCUUUGAACUAUCAUUUGAAAUGGAAAAUAUAAAACUUGACAUUUUCUUUUUUUAUGAAGAUAGUAAUUAUAUGUGGAAUGGAGGAACCCAGGUAAAAUCAAGAAAAAAGUUUAAAUAUAUUUUUCAAAAAUUUUCUUUAUGUUGGUCAGAACUAAGCAAUAUUUUAGUAAGAGUACCCUGCGAACCAACUAAAUAUAUUCAAGCUAAUUAUGGCAAUGAAUGGAGAAUUCCAAUUAAAACUUGGGAUUGGAAAUUAAGUCCACCCAAUGUCCAUGAAAAUGGUGAAUGGCCAAUCGAAGAGCAAGUAAUUUAUAUGAAUUAGCAUUUAAUGUAUUUCUCUAAAUAUUGUGUUAAUAUUUUUAUAAGGUAAAAAAAUAAAAGUUUAUCAAUUUUUAAAA